UAUGUUUCAUUUCAAUGGUCCACUCUGAGAAAAGGAUUUCAGCAUGGCAUUCGUUGUUUUUGGACUGCUUGCCGUUUUGAUUUUAAAAGAUAAUUUUCAAUUAUCACAGGGUAGUCCUGCGACGCCUUGUACAUUCAACGGGCAGUACCUCAGAGAUAACGUAGAUGAUUGCACGUUCCAUAGAUGCCUCUACAACGCCUAUUUACAACUGGUCACGACAGAGUUUCAGUGCGCGACGGGGACUGCAGUCCCAGAUACGUAUUCCGAUGGGAUUUCCAACCCAUGUUCCAAAGUGGUGACCCAAUGUAACAGCGAUGCUGUUCAGUCUUGUUGUGACUUUCACGGUCAAUUUAUUCGGGAUAAAUCUAACCGUUGUUACUACUGGUGGUGUCAGCAGCGAGCAGAUCUCAGCCUCUAUUCGAUUCUAUGGCCAUGUGCCGCUGGGGCUGGUUUACCACUAGACUACUCCGAUGGAAGAUCUAAUCCAUGUGUCGAGUUCGUAGUGCCGGCUAACUGUAAAUUAAAUGGAGGUAGCUUUGAACCAGAAUGCAACGCAGACACACCGACAACUACACCAAUUAAUGUACCAACCACCACCACAACUGU